AGUUCCUCCUGGGAAUGAAAUUCAUCCCCCAAAAGGAAGAUCACUUUCCCCUGCUAAUUAAGCAUCAUUUAGGGCUCCAAGUGAGCCCUGGUCAGAAGCUGCUUUGAAGAUAUCCUGCAGGGGCCAUGACCACCCUCUCUCCUGAAAACAGCCUCUCUGCCAGGUGGUCAGCCUCCUUCAUCCUGGCGAAGAGAAAACCACCCAUUGACAAGACGGAAUGGGAUGGCUUCUUUGAUGAGAAUGGUCUGUUGGCCAAGUCACGAGACCUCAUUUGUGUGAACAUCCUGGAGCGGGGUCUGCACCCCUACGUGAGGACAGAAGCCUGGAAGUUCCUCACGGGCUACUACUCGUGGCAGAGCUCCCAGGAUGAGCGACUCACGGUGGACAGCACGAGGAGGAAGAACUAUGAGGCCUUAUGCGAAAUGUAUAAAAAGAUUCAGCCCCUUCUGGAAAACCUGCACCGGAACUUUAUGGAGACUCGGAAUACCAUCAAGUACCAGCAGGGCUUCCACGAGAUGGUGAUGCUUUUCCAGCUGAUGGCGGAACAUGACCACGAGACUUUCUGGCUUUUCCAGUUCUUCCUGCAGAAAACGGAGCACAGCUGUGUUAUCAAGAUCGGAGUAGGCAAGAACCUGGACAUGCUCAACACCCUGAUCAACUUCUUGGACCCUGUGUUUGCUGAGCACCUAAGAGGGAAGGGGGCGGGGGCUGUGCAGUCCCUCUUCCCCUGGUUCUGCCUCUGCUUCCAGCGUGCCUUCAAGUCCUUCGACGACGUCUGGAGGCUCUGGGAGGUUCUGCUGACAGGGAAACCCUGCAGAAACUUCCAGGUGCUGGUGGCCUACAGCAUGCUGCAGAUGGUGCGCGAGCAGGUGCUGCAGGAGAGCAUGACCAGUGAUGGCAUCCUCCUGGCCUGCAACAACCUCAUUGACCUUGACGCGGAUGUGCUGAUCUCUGCUGCCUGCUUGGUGUAUGCUGAGCUCAUCCAGAAAGAUGUUCCUCAGCCAUUAAAGGACUUCUUUCUCUGAGGACUCUUGCAAUGGACAGAUGCCCUCAACGGACAGGACGGAGGUGGGGCUUCAGCCGUGAAGUCCGACGGGGCGUUAGGGUGAGGGUGUAGGUAAUACAACU